AUAACAGCUUCAGAAACCAUCUAUUUUCUAAACAAGGACAGUAACACCUGCCUGCUUAAUCACCUCAGAUUUUUUUUCAUAAUGGAUCUCUCCAUUGUUUAUCUCUUGACAGCCACACUGGUUUUAGUGUUUGAAAAAGAAGCUUCUUCUGUCUCCAUCGGGGUUGCUUUGUCUGAUCCCGAGGGGAUCCCGUUGACUGGACUCACUCACAAAGCUCCUCUUCGGAAGAAACGCUGCUCUUGUGAAAACCUGAAGGACAAGGAAUGUGUUUAUUUCUGCCACAUUGGCAUUGUAUGGGUCAAUACUCCAGGACAGGUUGUUCCAUAUGGUGUGGGAAAUUCACCAAUACGUCUUAAAAGAGAUGCAGCAAGAUGUCUUUGUGAUGACAACAAUGAUACAGCAUGUCUGAAUUUUUGUGUGAUGCCCAGUCUGGUGCAAGAGCAAAACACCUCCAAAGACUCUGGACAGAAUAAGAACAAAACAUUCCAAAGCGAUACAUCACAUAAUAAAAGCGAAGAACACAACCCCAAAUACAGGCAUGUACUUGAAAAACUCAGCCAUAUUCCAAAAGUCAGUUCCCAGAAAAUGUAAUUUAAGAAGACAGAAAAAAGUAAAAAAUAAGCAUAGCCCUGAAAACUUGUCUGAAAAGACAAUAUGCUAAAUGUGAUGUUUACAUAAGAAGGAACAUAAAAGGAGGGGAUACAAAAUCGUGUUAUUCAUGGCAAUCUUGAACUGCUGGAGGAAGUGUCUGUUGCAUCGCCCCAUAGGGCAUAGGACAAUGACAUUGCACAUAACUGCUGGCUAUGAAGCAUUCUUCUGAAGAGUGUGCUGAAAGAAAUGACAGUGGAAGUGUGUAUAGUGAUAGCACUACACUUUUUAAUGUUUUAAUCUGGUCUUAAACCAGCUUACUAACACAUCUAAAUCUUGUUAUCAAUACAAAUUUGAAAAUGCUUUUGUUCUGGUUGGUUCAAGAUGCAUGUCUUUACUGUAUUGGUAUCUAAUUGAUGCAGUCGCUACCUGUAACAAGAUAUAGGAGAUAAUAUGCAUUUGCUGUUUAUGCUUUCAUAUAGUUGUCACUUAAGAAAAUGGCGGUUUAUUAAAUGGCACAAGUUAACAUUAAGUACAUAGACAUACAGGUAUGUUCUUUUUGUGUCCUAAAAAGUGAAUUGGAUACCCACAAGAAAAGAAACUCAAACUGAAUUGAACAAUUAUCCUAAAACUGAGGUUGGUUCAUUCCAAUUAAUAAAUGAUAGUUAUAGUAUUUGGGGCAUUGUAAUGACCCAACCACAUCUUGAACUAUCUGUUGCAUGUGCAACAAAUACUGUAAAUAUUCCAAAAACGGCAUAGUUGGCAUCACAUAGAAAAAAAAGCCUUAAUAUACAUAGCAGUGUUUUUGUAAAAUACAUACAUAUGUUAAAUGUGUAUUUUAUUAACAAAAAAAUCACACUUCCACUUGGUAAAUUCUAAGUAGGGGUCUACCUAAAUCGCGAUUUCGUGGAAACCGUGAAAUUGAGGGGUCACAGUGAAAUUCACCUCUUUUAGGUGCAAAUGCAUACCGAACAAGCACGGAGAGGGGAAAAAAAAAGAAACCUUGUUUUAAAUGAACUACUGCACAGUGCAAGCGACGCAAAUUACAAAGCUUCCGUAGAUAGCCCUUUUUUAUUCCUUCGCCGUCCCAUGUGCAUUGCGCUUAAGGAAAAAAAAACAUUUACAAAAAAAUUGUCCAAAGCGGUUAACGUUCUUGUUUACUAUUCAAAUGACAACAAAGUUUUAAUCAGCCUAUCAGUGCGUCUGUACUGUUUUUCUGUGACCUGUACUGUGCAGUAGGGGGUGUGACAAAGUCAGUGCUGCAUUGUUUUGAUUUAGGUUGAUAAAAUCUAGUUUUCAGCAUUGGAGGUAAAAUAGUAGAGAUGGACGACAAAGCAAAAAAAGCAAAGUAUAUUUCGGUGAUUGAUCGUGUCAAGAUAUUUCCCAAAGAAACUGUACAUGCAGAUGUAGGUGAUUGUUUUGCAUAUCUUAAUGCUUUGGAGAAAAUACGAUUGAUUGCUACUUAGCUUCAGAAUCACACAUUAAACAAAAGGCUACUGCAGAGGCUGCUGAACAGAACAUAAAAUACAGUGCCUUGCGAAAGUAUUCGGCCCCCUUGAACUUUGCGACCUUUUGCCACAUUUCAGGCUUCAAACAUAAAGAUAUGAAACUGUAAUUUUUUGUGAAGAAUCAACAACAAGUGGGACACAAUCAUGAAGUGGAACGAAAUUUAUUGGAUAUUUCAAACUUUUUUAACAAAUAAAAAACUGAAAAAUUCCGCGUGCAAAAUUAUUCAGCCCCCUUAAGUUAAUACUUUGUAGCGCCACCUUUUGCUGCGAUUACAGCUGUAAGUCGCUUGGGGUAUGUCUCUAUCAGUUUUGCACAUCGAGAGACUGACAUUUUUGCCCAUUCCUCCUUGCAAAACA